GGAAGCAGCGCGCACAAAGGUCUGGACACCAGAUGAACAAUCAAUUGACAAUCAAAGCCUCUGAAGCUGCCUUCAAUUAGUUUAGCUGACUUCGCAGUACUUGGCAACAUUGCAAAUUUAAUGUACCUCCUGUGAUAUCUAUCGUUGCUGACUGAUCCUACGAUAUCACCGCCGCCUUACUUGAUCGUACCGUUUAGCACGGCAGUGACACGACAGAGACAAAAGGGUGAGGGUUUUACUUUCAUUCUGCUGAACAACGUUAGUUCCUAGGCGCACAUUUUGCAUGCCUCAGGAUGACGGCAGGAGUCCCUUGAUUAUUUAAACCAGCGUUGGCUUGCACCUAGGCAUGACUGGUAUUCUGGUCACGAGUUCAUCAACCUCCAGUACAUUAACAAACAACGCAAUUGUCAUUACCAUGAACCAUUCCCAGGCAACCAUGAGCAAGAGUGGUUGUGAUAAAACUAAGUUGAAAAACAUGGGCCUGUUAAUCACAACAACUUCAGAACCUGGAACCGUCUCUUCCUUGACUCCCGCCCAGCGUUCCCGAAAGCGGGCAAAGGAUCGCGAAGCGCAGCGCAGUAUUAGGACCCGCACAAAACAGCACAUCAAGAACUUAGAACAAGAGAUUAGCCAGCUUCGUAUACUACGAAAUCAGCCCGAAAGUAAAGAGAACAUGCUGAGAAAGAAUAAAUCCCUUAAGGAAGAGCUCAACAGAUUGAACGAUCAUGGGAAUUUCUACAAGCGGACCACAAACCUGCCAUCAACCUCAAAGUACCCUGCCCUGGGCCUGUACGAGUGGAUGGUGCGAACGGCCAUCAGCCGACCCACAAGCGGUAGCCUCAAUAGUUCUUUCGGGUUGCCUCCCCAAGCCGGCUAGCAUUCCUGGAGGUACAUAUUCAUGUACAGAUGCACUUU